UUUCGUUAACAUGUAUGUGAGCGGCUAUUGCUGAUUACAAACGUUGGUCCUCUUUGGCUGACAAGCGGCUGUAUUAUUUUUUGUCUCCAUACAGAGUGUGGAAGCGCUCCCCUAAACUAAUAAUUAUAUGACAAACAAACUGCGAUGAGGUGGCUACUUGUCCAGGAUGUACCCAGCCUACCACCCGAAUGCAGCUGAGAUAGGCUCCAGCACCCGCUGCGAAGGGGACAAGCGGUAAAAAAUAGAUGGAAACUGUAUUUCUUAGUAUCUUAAGUAUCAUUAUCACAUAUUAGUAUUACUGGAGGAUAAGGCUAAAUAAAUAUGUUACACAAUGAGAGAAAGCUAGCAAAAGACAUGCUAAUAGCUAGGCUACCCUAGCUAGAAACAACACCAAGAAAUAAGUGCUUAGCACAGUAUAAGAAGCAUAGAUGGAACCACGUUACAGCAAAAAGUAAGCAGUUUUUAACAGGAAACUAACAAGUAAAUUAAGAGUCUAGAGGUAAGAUAAUAUAACAAAAAUUGUUGGUGUGUCAGCAAUGUCACAGUCAGUACACGACAGGUACAAUAAGAGGGUGGAUCAGGUCGAUCUAUGAAUUGGUGGUGUCAAUAUUUAGGGUAGCAUCAGUAUAUGAUGGAUAUUAAAGUGAUCAGAUCGAUAUUUUUCAUUUUAAUUUUUACCGUAGAACAUUGAAGUUUAAAACAAACAGGUUUAAAUGAGUAGCAGACAGUAAUUUUUGCUUUUGUUUAGGUAUUGUGUAAUAAUUGACCUUGUUUUGCUCAAACUAUUGUACAAGAGAAUAAGAAAAUAGUUUUAAUAUUGUGAUGAUAUUGUUACACUGGCGAUAGCACUCACCAUAAAUAAAUUUUAAAAUGUACAGUUAACACAAGUGAUCGGUAUUGAUAUCGGCCCAUCUCACUCAUAGAUGAUCGGUAAUGGAAUCGGCAGCAUAAAAUCUUGAUCGGAAUAUCCCAAGUAAUUUCCGAUCAUCAGGCCAUAGCUUACCCAGCGCAAAACAGUCCAUGCAGCCAGCAAUGGUGUCCACAACAUGAGAGUACUGGUCUGGAUUUGUGUCAGACAAACAGUCUGACAUGCACACGGACAGACAAGCCACAGUUUGCUCCUGAAGCCAGGCUGGUACUGAACUCAGGGCACUAAACACAGGUGAACACAGGCAAACAUUAGCUUUGGAAUGCGUUGACCCAAACAAGUUUCCACAUUAAAGGCCUACUGAAACCCGCAACUACCCACCACGCAGUCUGAUAGUUUAUAUAUCAAAGAUGAAAUAUUAACAUUGCAACAUAUGCCAAUAUGGCCAUUUUAGUUUAUUAAAUUGCAAUUUUAAAUUUCCCGGGAGUUUUUUCUUGAAAACGUUGCGUAAUGAUGUGUACGCUUGACGUCACGAGCUGUUAGGAAUAUGAGCGCUGCACACACACGCAGCUAAAAGUCGUCUGCUUUAACGGCAUAAUUACAAAGUAUUUUGGAGGUCUGUGUUGCUGAAUCUUUUGCGAUUUGUUCAAUUUAUAUUGGAGAAGUCAAAGUAGAAAGACGGAGUUGGAAAGCUUUAGCCUUUAGCCACACAAACACACGGUGAUUCCUUGUUUAAAAUUCACAGAGGUGAAACUUUACAAUGGAUCACAGCGGACAUUGAUCCCAACCGAAUGUCAACCAGCAGGUUUCGGUGAGAAAAUUGUGCUUAAAACGUCGCUUCUUACCGGAGAUCAGCCGAGCUUGUGCCGCCUAUAAAGCUGCCGUCGACUUCCCUGAGACACUGCGCGUCAACACUCGGCCGUGGACGUACACUUCCGACUAUCAGGUACGGUUAAACUCACUAAAACACUAGCAACACAAUAAAAAUAUAAGGGAUUUCCCAGAAUUAUCCUAGUAAAUGUCUCUAAAAACAUAUGAAUCCCUCUCAAUGCAAUCGCGUUUUUUUUCAACUUGUUUUUUUGGGGGGUUUUUUCCUAGUCCGUCGCUAUCAAUAUCCUCAAACACAAAUCUUUCAUCCUCGCUCAAAUUAUUGGGGAAAUUGUCGGGUUUUUUUCGGUCCGAAUAGCUCUUUUUGUUGGAGGCUCCCAUUAAAAUCAAUAUGAAUAUGUGAGGCGCCAUCAACAUGUGACGUCAUCGUCUGCGACUUCCGGUAGAGGCAGGGCUUUUCUCCAGUUGCGAACUUUAUCGUGGAUGUUCUCUACUAAAUCCUUUCAGCAAAAAUAUGGCCAUAUCGCAAAAUGAUCAAGUAUGACACAUAGAAUGGACCUGCUAUCCCCGUUUAAAUAACAAAAUCUCAAUUCGGUAGGCCUUUAAAUUUUGUUCUCGGUCCUAUCUUUGAGAAAUGCAGUCGUUUACCUAGCAGCAGCUCUUCGCAAAGGGUUCUUGGCCUGCAGGGAAGUGUAGACCAAUGCUAAUGUGUGCAGGCAAGCUCCUAAAAGCGCUCCAUCGGUUUGCUCUUCAUUGAGCGCCUCCAGCUGUGAACCAGCCUAAUCGUCAUAAGAAUGCACGCAUUAAAAUCCUUUAACUCCAUAAACAUUCAACAAGGAUUUUCUGAGCAUGUUCACAAUGCGCAGUACCCUUUUGACCAGCUGGAUCUGCAGCACUGGUUCUUUCAGCUUCAAACACGACUGCAGAGUGUUGGCAAGCUGUCUCACUCCAUCUUGCCCUGCAUCCACUGAUAGAGAUGCUGGAGGAGGCAAGAAUUCACAGCUAAGUAUUAUUACUGAGACAAUAUAUAUGGCUACACACAUGCCAUCUAUAUUAUCGAUAAACUUCAUUGAUCACAGUACCGAACAACUGCUGCAAUUUAUCUUCCUCCAAAACCAAAGCCUCCACUUUGGUUGUCUUCUUUUUCAGCACCAUGACACAAGGGCAGCAUACACAGGAUACUUUGAAACAAACCGUUACUCAAUUCAUUCAAUUCAAGUCGGCAACCCUGCAAAGACACACUGGAAGAAACCCCCGAACAAACACAGAGACCAAGCAGUAUGGCAGAAGGCGAGGAGACCAUGAGUCAGGAGGACUGGAAGGAAAAGUGCAUGGUCCUCGAAGCUUUGCUCAUGAAGUUCAGGGUUCAGAUCAUCAAAAUUAGAGAGCUCACUGCUGACAAGAUUCAACAACUGGAAAGGCAGGUGACCGAGUCAGAAAAACGAGCUUUUACCGCUCAACAGCAGUUGCAAUGGACGGAGGACAAGCUGAAGGCUCCAGACGGUCAGUCUGAAAACUCAGAGAAGCUUUUAUUUCAGCGCUGCCAUGAGCUACAAGCUUUAGUGCAGGAAAAAGAAAGCAUCAUCAACCAUCUUGAACAGCAACUUGAAGUGCAGACACAGUCAAGGCUUCAAGAUGCCAAGACAGUGGAAGAGAAAGCCGCUAAAAUCAAGGAAUGGGUGAUGCUGAAGUUGUCAGAGUUUGAGGUGGAGAAUGCUGCUCUAAGAGAAACCAACAAGCAACAGGACACUCAAAUUAUGGAGUUACAGAAGAAAAUAGAAGAAUUUGAACAGAAGAACUCUAGUGGACGUGUUGUACUUAGCAGGCCGGGUGAAGCCCAGCGUGUCAGCAGCCUGACGUUUGGUUGCUUUCAGGUUAGAGGGAAAAGCCCACGUCUCAUAACUGGACCUUCACCCUCCCAGAGGAGGUUAAGCACCCGGGGAGAGACAAAAGAGAUGGGAAAUAUGCAGUCAUCAUCCACUGAUGCUGAACUCCGUAGUCCAAAUCAAAACAGACUCCUGGAUAGUCCCCCAGAAGAGAACCAGACCAGUAAUACAUUAGAGUUUGGAGCGGGUAGGCCAGAGUCUUGUAGUGUUUCCUCAGUGCUCUCCAGUGCAGAGGGAGGAGCAGGGUGUGAGGUCAACGAAGAAGGCACGGCCACUGUAAUGGAUUUAAAUCGUGUUGGGAGCGAGGCCUACCUGACUGCCUCAGAUGACAGCAGCUCUCUGUUUGACGACGACAUGCAGCAAGUAGAGCGAACCAGCUUAAAUCUGUUGGGAGGAGCACCAGACGGGGCCACUGCAGUGUGUAAAAUGAGGGAGGACUGCAACUCUGAGGAGCUCAACAAACGAUUCCAGUCACAGACGCUUGACUCAUCAUCCUCAUCCAGUGAACCUAAGACCCCCAGCCCCAUCCUCACGCCAGCUCUCACUCCUAAACGUCCCAACCCACCCCAGGACUUUAGAGACAAGCCAGCCUCACCCAAGCAACCCCGACUGCGGACCCCAACAGGUUUGGGUUUGAUGCAAGUAGUUAUGGCUAAGAAACACCUGAGCCAACCAUCCGUCAGCACAGAGGCUGCACACGGACAAACACGUAACGCUCUUAGCAUGCUGCGCUCACUCCGGCCACAGGAAACAGACCUUGACCAAGGCGAGGUCGGCAUGGAAACGGGCAAGGUUCCACCUCCGCAGAUCCUCCACGACUCUCGCGCCAAACCCGCAAUGCUUUCCAUACAGGCCACACCCGUCCCUUCUGAUGGUUGUCUCGAAAUAACCUUGGACAGUCACCGUUCACCUCCUACACCCCCUGUACACAGACUCCCCUCCUGGGAGAGUCGCAUCUAUGCAGUGGCUAAAUCAGGAAUAAGGCUGUCUGAGACAUCCUACACAGACUCCGCUAGCAAAGACUCCUCAUUGCAAUCAUCUUAUCCAGCCUUCGAAAUGUACACAUCCCUGGUUUAUAAAAACAUGAGCACACCAGUAUACACUACUCUGAAGGGAAAGGCCACUCUGCUGAGCAGCAAUCCGUUCUCAGAUGAGUCCGCCAGCUCAGAGGAGUCGUCCAGUUCAGGAGAAGAAGAUGGUUCCUUUUGCAGCUCUCACAACUCCUCCAGCUCUCACAAGGACAGUAUCCCAGGCAGCCCACGCUCUCUAAAAAGAGCGGUGUCCGUGUCUUCAAUGGCAUCAGAAUGCGACUAUGCCAUUCCACCUGAUGCCUAUUCCACCGAUACCGAGUGCUCUGAACCAGAACAAAAACUCCCCAAAACUUGCUCCUUGGCUCGAGACAACUGCAAGACCGAAUCAAUGGAGAAAUCAGGUUACCUGCUAAAAAUGGUGAAGACUUGGAAGAAAACCUGGAAGAGACGCUGGUUCGUCUUGAAAGAUGGAGAGCUCCUCUACUACAAAUCCCCAAGCGAUGUGAUAAGGAAACCUCAAGGUCAGAUUGAGCUCAACGCCACCAGCAACAUUGCACGUGGAGAAGGAAAACAAGUACUCCAGAUAAUGACAGGGAAGCGAGUGUACUAUCUCAAAGCAGACUCCCCUAACCUGCUGGAUGAAUGGCUCAGAGUGCUGCAGGCUGUGCUGAGAGUCAAAGCUGCAAGUCCACUCUUCACUCAGCCGGAUAUGCGGCCCACCAUGAAGGGACAUCUUAUCAAGGUAAAACAUGGCUACUCUAAGCGGGUUUGGUGUGCUUUGAUUGGCAAAACGCUAUACUACUUUCGCAGUCAGGAGGACAAGUUUCCACUUGGUCAGAUUAAGGUUUGGGAUGCCAAAGUGGAGGAGGUGGACAGGUCUCAGGACUCAGAUGAUGACCUGAAAGCAUGUGUGGACAGCUUACCGGUAGUUUCCUUCACCAUCGCCAUUCACCCACAGGAUCAAGAACCAACUUAUCUGCUCAUUGAGUCUCGCCAUGAAAAGGCCUCCUGGUUGUACCAUCUGAGUGUCGCAGCAGCAACCAUGAUGGGAAAAGUCGGCACUGAAUUUGAGCAAUUGGUGGGGAAACUCUUCCAACAGAAUGGAGAUCCAAACUCACAGAUCUGGCGACACCCAAUGUUGUCUUUCAGUAAGGAAGCUCUGUCGUCUCCUCUCACCACAGUGCCUUCACAGGCCCUGCAAACAGAGGCUGUCAAACUCUUUAAGACUUGUCAGCUGUUCAUCAAUGUGGCUAUCGAUGCCCCAGCCAUCGACUACCAUGUCUCUCUCGCUCAGAGCGCCCAGCAGGUGUGUCUGACCCAUCCUGAGUUACAAAAUGAGUUUUUUUGCCAGCUCAUUAAGCAGACCCGAAGGAGACAGCCACCCGUCCAGCCAGGACCCCUGCAGGGAUGGCAGUUUUUAGCCUUGUGUGUUGGACUCUUUCUGCCUCAGCAGCCUUUCCUUUGGCUGCUCCAAGUUCAUCUUAAUAGACACGGAGAGUCCAGGACUGAGGUGGGUAAAUAUGCAAUCUACUGCCAGCGUUCAAUGGAGCGCACCCAGCAGAAAAGCGAGAGACAAGCCAGAGCGUCCCGUAUGGAGAUCCUGUCUAUUCUCCUCAGAAAUCCCUACCACCACUCCCUGCCAUUUAGUGUGCCUGUUCACUUCCUCAAUAACACGUAUCAGGUGGUGGGCUUUGAUGCAUCGACCACAGUGGAGGAGCUCCAGUGUCGUCUCAACCAGGACACCGGUAUGAGAAAAACAGGGCUGUCUGGCUUCAGCUUGUACACUGAUGACCCUACUGGUCGAGAGCUAGAGCAUUGCCUCCAUCAGGGAAGCAUCAAGAUUUGUGAUAUUAUCUCCAAAUGGGAGCAGGCUUCUAAAGAGCAGCACUCUGGCAAGUCAGAAAAUACCAGAACAAUCCGCCUUACCUACAAGAACAGGUUGUACUUCUCUAGCCAGGUGAGGGGAGAAUCAGAGAGGGAAAGGUUGUUGUUGGCCUAUCAGACCAAUGAGUCCAUCGUAGCAGGACACUUCCCUGUCAACAAGGAACUGGCUCUGGAAAUGGCUGCAUUACUUGCUCAGGUGGAGUUCGGGGAUUUUGAACGCCCCUUCUUGCCUCCUGGACCCGUUCAAACUAAAUCCAACCAGACCUUGAAACAGGUUCUGGAUAGGUUCUACCCUAAACACUACCGCCGGAUUACAUCAGAGGAACAUCUUAGACAACUGCUCCAGCGCCUCUCUGCUCGCUGGGCCUCGCUCAGGGGUAGAACUUUAUCUGAGUGUGUCAGGAUUUAUCUGACUGUUGCUAAGAAGUGGCCUUUCUUUGGUGCCAAACUUUUUGAAGCAGAGUCCAUCACUGCUUCUCCAGAAACAGCAGCACAUGUUUGGCUGGCAGUUAAUGAAGAUGGUGUCAGCAUUUUGGAGCACAACUCUAUUAAACUACUGGUGACUUACGCCUACAAAAGUGUGAUGACAUUUGGGGGCUGCAAACAAGACUUCAUGCUGGUUGUGGCACAGAACAAUUCUAACAACACCAUCAAAGACAAACCUUCAUUGAAACAUAUGUUUGCCAUGGACAUGUCCAAGAUCAGAGAAAUGACCCUCCUCAUCUCCGGCUACAUCAAUAGCGCUCAUCAGCAGAAGGCCGCAGCACAUCACCUCUCUGCUCCCGCUCUGAUGGUGGCCCAGCAUGUCAGCCUGAAGAGCAAAGAGCUGAGGAGCAAGUCUCCCCCAGCGCCGGAACGUCCCAGGAAAACCCCCACCUUGUUGUGACCACCAUUGAGCUGAGUUUUUCGAGAACAGGUCACGUCUCCGCACUAACCGCAGGUGGCACUCCAGCAUGUCCCACACAUACAAUGUCUGGGAGUUGAUUGCCUUACAUUUUAACCGCUAGAAAGAGAGAUUUAUGAGUUUUAUAGGUACAAAGGUGAAACCGUCUCUGGAGCAUUUUUGUCUUCCUUAUGAGUGUGACUGGCAAGUGUGCAGAAAAGUCAACACAACUCUGUUUACUGAUUGACCAAGCUAGUGUUCUCCAUUUCAUUCAUCUCUGCUGUCUGCUGCGUUUUGGGUAACAGAUGCUGUUUAGGAAAACCCUUGCAUUAACAAAUAGCUGAAAAGACAUUAAUGCUAUUUUAAUGCUUUGCAUCUAUUUGUCGAGUUGCAAAUAAUGCAAGACAGCAGCGGGCCACAACAUGUAGCUUUAUCUGCUGAAUUUAGUUUGAUCCAUACAACACAUCCCCAAUCUUGUCUUUUUAAAGAUAAUAAUGCACAUGAUUCUCACAGAAGUAUUUAUUUCACAAGAAGUUGCAGAAUGACUGCAUCAUACCAACAUGUCUUCAUUACAGUGGAAAAUGUGCUGCAAUGUCCAAACAGUCCUAAGACAGACAUGUUCCAAGACCAAAAACACAAAAGCAACAGGAAAAGGCUACAAUCACAUAAGCUUGAUUAGAUACAAAUGCAAAUGUACCAAAACCACACACUGUGCCCUCCUUCCCAAAAUGACAGAGAAAAGCUGCAUUUCUAGCAGGGGCAUCAAAACUCCAUUUUGGUGGAAGGGAAAAGGUACCGUAAUUUACCAACUAUAGUGCACAGCUAGAUUCAUGCCACUUAGUUUUUUUACAUUUUAAUUUGUACAUACUAUAUAUAGACCGCAGACCCUUUAGAGAAUUUCAGUGUUUGGCGCGUUUGAACAUUUUUGCCUGUUUGUCCUUGUCGCCCACUGUACAUUGUGAAAAGAAAUUAUUUUAGGAUUAAAAAAACAGCAGCUGAAAUUUUACCAUAAAAUCAAAUGGUUUUUUUUCACACCAAAUUGCUGUAAAUUCAAAAACCGUCUUACUGUAAUUUUUACGGUACAAUUAUAGCGGCUACCUGCAAGUUGUUUUGUUUUUAACAUAAAAUUGGCUGUUUUUACAGUGCAUUACUUUAAAUUUGAAAAAUGGUACCGCUUUUAUUUUUACAGGAAAAUGCUAGCGACGACCGGUUGUUGUUUUUUUUACUGUAAAAUCUAGUCGUUUUUACAGUUCAUUACCAUGAAUUGAAAAAUGGUACAACUGUUAUUUUUACGGAAAACUUGUAGCGACUGCCUGACUUUUUUUUAUGUUAAAAUCAACGGCUGUUGUUUUCACAGUUGUUAACGGUAGUGGUAGAAUUAGUUUAUUUCAUACAAUUACAAUAUGGUACACAACAUUUUUCCAAUUUCUGUAAAUUGAAAAGCGGUACAACUAUUAUUUUUUACCGUAGAUUUCUGGCGGCUAUUGGACAGUUUUUUAAUGUUAAAAUCUAUGACUGUUGUUUUUUACAGUGCUAGUAACAGUAUUAGUUUAUUUUGAACUUGCAUACAAUUACAAUAAAGUACAUCACAUAUUUUCCAGGUUCUGUAAAUUAAGAAAUUGCACUGCUGUUAGUUUUAUUGUUAAAUGCUGGCAAUUGAGCUGCCAGUUUUAACCAUAUAAUCUACAGUCAUUGUAUUUUUACGGUAGAAUUCUGGCAUUUGAGCUGUCAGUUUGUGUAUUGUAAGAUCUACUGCCUUUUUUUUCAGAGUAGUUGGUCCUCAAUUUUAAACUUUUUUUUAUUUUUUAGAUGGCCUAUUACAGUUUUUCAUUAAGUAGUGGUGGCUCAGUGUGUUGAAUGAGGAGUACGUAGUAUGAAAAGCUAAGCUGUAAAUUUAGUGACAUGGUUUGGUUCGCAGGCUUGCCGUAAGAAAGGAAUAAACUUGGACGGUAAUGUGCUGUGUAGUUACUGAAUAGCCAGAAGUGAAACUAUUACCUCGAGCAGCAGAUUGGCUGUGGAUGUGACCGUUUGUAAAGUGAACUGGAUGGUGGAAAAAAAGUGAAGGAGACAUGUUGUGUGUAGCCACAGAAGCUGGGAUACAAUUCAUUUCUUGUAGACGUACUUGGUUAAUACUUGUAUCUCAGAAGGCAUUCUUAUCUAAAAUUGUUUGACAGUAAAUAAACAUUAAAAAACA